AUGGUCAUCUCACCACCCCAUGUCAACAAGCACCUCAAACGCUCGUUCGAGCUUGUCGUGAACAACUUCCUCGUCGUCAUCGCCGCACCACUGGCAGCCAUCGCCGUUCUCCGUGAAGCCGCACAGCUCGGACCCGAGGAGAUCCUCUCCCGGCUCCAUGGCUUCCGGCAAGUUCAUGUCUUCUUGGCCGUCUUUCUCCCGUUCGCCUUGGCCACCUUCUACCUCAUGAGUCGCCCUCGCAGCGUCUACCUCGUCGACUACUCUUGCUGCAGGCCUAAAUCUAAUUGCCGCGUCUCCAUAGGAUCCUUGGUGGAGAACGUUCGCUUCUUGCCAUACCUCGAUGAUGGCGGUUGCAACUUCAUGACGCGCAUGCUCAAGCGCUCGGGCCUCGGUGACCAGACCUACCUCCACCCUUCGUUGCACUAUAUCCCCCCGCGCUGCUGCUUAAGUGGAAGCCGCGACGAGGCGGAGCAGGUGAUCUUUGCAGCCGUCGACGAUCUGUUCGCCAAGACGGGCAUAAGUCCUGGUGCCAUCGACAUAAUCGUCACCAACUGCAGUGUCUUCUGCCCGACCCCGAGCUUGGCAGACAUGGUCGUGAGCAAGUAUAAACUCAGAGCGGACAUCCGUAGCGUGCACAUAUCUGGGAUGGGGUGCAGCGCGGGGGUGAUCUCCCUGGAGGUCGCGAGGAACCUCCUGCAGGCGGCGCCACGGGGCGCGCGCGCCCUGAUGGUGUCCACGGAGACCACCUCUCUCCUCAACUAUACCGGCAAGAACCGGGCGAUGCUGCUGCCAGCCGCCCUGUUCCGCAUGGGUGCGGCCGCGGUGCUGUUGUCAACGUCCAGGUCCGUGUCCCGCUUCCGGCUCACGCACAUCGAGCGAACGCUCACCGCCGCGCAAGACAGGGCUUACCUGUGCUUGUCCAUGAAAGAGGACGACGAGGGAGAAACAGGAGCAUACCUGUCCAAGGACCUUGUGGCAGUCGCCGGCGAAGCGCUCACGGCUAACAUCACGGCAAUAGGGCCCCUCGUCCUCCCGCCCUCGGAGAAGCUGCUGUUUGCGAUCUCGUUCAUUGCACGGAAGGUGCUGAGGAGAAAGAUCAAGCUAUAUGUCCCUAAUUUCCGCACGGCCUUCCAGCACUUCUGCAUCCAUUCUGGUGGCCGGGCAGUGAUCGACGCGGUGCAAACUAGCUUGUGCUUAUCAGAUGAAGACGUGGAGCCAUCACGAAUGACGCUUCACCGAUUCGGAAACACGUCCAGCAGUUCAUUGUGGUACGAGCUUUCAUACAUGGAGGCCAAGAGGCGGACGCGCAAGGGCGAUCGGGUAUGGAUGGUCGGGUUUGGUUCUGGUUUCAAGUGCAACAGCGCCGUUUGGCAGUGCAUCAGGUCUCCCGGCAACACAACUGUUGGUGCGCCAUGGGCUGAUUCUAUUCAUCUGUAUCCUCUGAACAUCUCGGAAGUAGGCUAAAAGGAUCAUGCACGUAUAAGUGCGACUCAAUUCGUACAAUACUAUUAUUGAUUUGU